CCUUGGUUUCCAUUCGGAAAGUCCGUCUUUGGUACCUGCACCCCUAGUGGGACAGAAGUAACAGAAACUCAAGGGGCAUUCUUUAAAUGAUGAUCCAGAAAAGCUUUCAUUUGUUCCGGAGCAUCUGCAAAAAAUGGAAGAAAUGUCACCUGGUUAUGCCCUCCUGCUCAUUCACGAAGAUUGGCUGUUUUCAUCAUGAUUUGGUGAAGUGGAGUUCAGCCCGAUAUUUUCAUCACAAUCAAAGAUGGCAAGCAGAGACACCACGCUCUCAUAGCACUAGUCUCCAUCGUUUUCCUUUUGCCAUGGUAACUGAGCAUGACAUUGAUUUCUUUGAGAAGCUUCUUCCCAGGCAAGCUAUCACUGACCCUGAUGUUCUGGAGUCUUACAAUGUGGACUGGUUGAAAAGUGUCAAAGGAUCAAGUAAACUACUCUUAAGACCACAGACCACAGAGGAGAUUUCUCACAUUCUAAGGUACUGCAAUGAAAGAAACCUGGCAGUGUGUCCUCAGGGUGGAAACACUGGACUGGUGGGUGGCAGUGUCCCAGUCUUUGAUGAGAUUAUCCUUUCCACGUCUCUUAUGAACAAAGUACUGAGCUUCGACACUGUAUCUGGGGUUUUGGUGUGUCAGGCUGGUUGUGUUUUGGAAGACCUUAACUCCUUUGUUGAAGAAAAUGGCUUUGCAAUGCCACUGGAUCUAGGUGCAAAGGGAAGUUGCCAGAUUGGGGGCAAUGUUUCCACCAAUGCAGGUGGAUUGAGACUUCUUAGAUAUGGUUCACUGCGAGGCACUGUCCUUGGAUUGGAAGUGGUUCUAGCUAAUGGAAAAGUGCUCAACCUUCUUUCAUCUCUAAGGAAGGACAACACUGGCUAUGAUGUGAAGCAGCUUUUCAUUGGGUCAGAGGGCACUCUGGGUGUCAUCACUGCUGUCUCAAUCCUGUGUCCAUGCAAACCAAAGGCAGUAAAUGUAGCCUUUUUAGGGUGUAGUACCAUACAGCAACUUUUGCAAACAUUCAGAUGUUGUAAAGGAAUGCUGGGAGAGAUCCUUUCAGCCUUUGAGUUCCUGGACAGUGCAUGCAUGCAGCUUCUGCAGAAUCACCUGAAACUAACUAACCCCAUUACAGAAAGCCCAUUUUACAUUUUGAUAGAGACAUCUGGAUCCAAUGCCAAUCAUGAUGAGGAAAAACUUCACAACUUCCUGCAACAUGCCAUGAACACAGCCCUCAUAACAGAUGGCACAAUGGCAAAAGAAGACUCUAAAAUUAAGGCCCUCUGGAUGCUUCGAGAACGUAUUACGGAGGCGCUGCUUCAUGAUGGAUAUACAUAUAAAUAUGACAUCUCUGUGCCUGUGGAACAUAUUUACCAGGCUGUGCAGGACAUGCGGGUGCAACUUCGUGAUCAGGCAAAGUCUGUGGUUGGCUAUGGUCAUCUGGGUGAUGGAAACUUACACCUCAAUAUUACGUCGCCCUUUUAUGACUCCGCUCUGCAUUCACUCAUUGAGCCUUUUAUCUAUGAGUGGACAGCUAAACAUCAUGGAAGCAUCAGUGCUGAGCAUGGACUUGGCCUCAAGAAAAGAAACUACAUUCACUAUAGUAAGCCAGCUGAAGCAGUCUACAUCAUGAGUCACUUGAAAAACAUGCUUGACCCCAAAAAAAUACUCAACCCUUAUAAAACUCUUCCAGACUACAUUAGCUGAGCCGACUGCUUUCACUGUUCCUGCAUUGCCAUAUUUGACAGCACUCAUUCUUGUGUGAUAAAAGAUUCCAUGAGAGUAGCAGUAACAGUUUUAGAAAUCUUUCACAAAUUAACUUAUAAGGCGAGUUGUGUGUUUUGUUGGGCUGUAUGUGUAUCUAUGUGCAUUUCUUUUUAAUUGCUUUCUCUUACAGUGGUCUGUCAGGCACAAGAUACAAGUCAUUAAACCUGCAACCAAAAAGCAGAGUCUGUUUUUCAGCAGGGUGAAAUAUUUGUUGAAUAUCUGAUUUUCUUUCUAUUCAGAUCAUGUUUGUGAAAGCAAGAAGGCAAGUAAAGUAAAAGUACAAAUUAUUCCAUAAUGGCAGUUACAUCUGAAGAAAACUACUAUCUUGAAAACUCACCUUUUUAUAAUAAGAUUUUCUAAAUGUUUACAAAUCUAUAAUUCACUAAGCCGCAGACAAGUAGCCACCCGUGGAAAGCACGCAAGACAGCCACGCCCACCAACUCUAAGACCAUUGGAUACGACGACAACUCGCAGAGCCACGCCCACCAACUCGGACGCGACGCCUCGGAAAACACGCCGUCAUUUAUGUUUGUUUGAGCUACAGUCCACAUGCACCUCUGAGCCACGUUGACUUUUCGGUUACGACGCACGACCGCGUGCACCAUCGCAAACUGUUUUACACGCUACAUACAGCAAUUCGCAUCUGCGACAAACAUGCGUCUUCUUAGAUGGUCCUGCAGGAGCACGGAAAACGUUUCCCUGCCCACCAACACUCCUUAUUCCCCGGCCCGCGUCCACCCCAUCCGCGACAAACAUGCGUCUUCUUAGAUGGUCCUGCAGGAAAACGGAAAACGUUUCUCCACCCACCAACACUCCUUAUUCCCCGGCCCGCGUCCACCCUCGCUCUCUAGGCAUUCACACUGCCUGCUUAUGUACCCGGACGCUACAACUCACCGACCACCCCGUAAGUCGCUUUCGUAUGUGCUAGGAGUCCACAUGCACUUCUGAGCCACGUUGACUUUUCAUUAUUCUUUUCGGUUACGACACCCGACCGCGUCCACCAUCGAAAACCGUGGGAAAGAAACAACAAAGCCCCGCCCAGAAACUCUAACCCUCCUUCCACGUGAUAGGGAACGCACCUCAGAGCACUGCCCGCCAAUUCGAACAGCUCAUCAAACACAUACUCGCUUUGGUCUGUGCUGCGGUCCAGAUCCAGCUGUGAGCCACGUUGACUGUUCAUUUGCCCUCCAUGGCUACCGCUUCAAAUGCUUUUCAUGGAAACAACACUUCUUUCAAUGUUAUACAGAUUCCUCCAUCAGGUAACUGCACGCAAGCUACACUGAAUGGAUCAACGUGUGUCUACCCGGCGCAGAAAGGCGUGGGUGAGCCGUUGAACCCCAUUCGUGCUGGAAACCGGGGCUUGCAUUUGUUCCCCAUGAAUGAGGAAUUUCCAGUAAGUGCGGGUCAUACGCUCGCACUGAUUAUGUCCCUGCCCUUUGUUCAAAACCCCCCCCCCCCCCACCACCAUGGUCAGGUGACACAAAACACGGCAUCAAUCCAGUUGUGACCCACGUUGACUGUUCAUUUGCCUUCCAUUACCACCGCUUCAAAUGUAUUUCAUGGAAACAACACUUCUUUCAAUGUUAAACAGAUUCCUGCAUCAGGUAACUGCUCGCGUGCUACACUGAAUGGAUCAAGGUGCGUCUACCUGGCGCAGAGAGGCGUGGGUGAGCCGUUGAACCCCAUUCGUGCUGGAAACCGGGGCUUGCAAUUGUUCCCCACGAACGAAGAAUUCCCAGUAAGUGCAGGUCAUACCCUCGCACUGAUUACGUCCCCGAGAUGAAUGCGCGCCCCCACGCUGAGUGAAAAGCCAAUGUAUAUUGAGCCUAGAAAACAUGAUCAGCAAGUCUUUGAUAGGCUGCAACAAAAUGAUGAAAGUACGGGCGCAUUUUUUUCACACAAGCUGUGUGUGUGUGUCGGUGGGUGUUAGUUAGUUAAUUAGUUACUCGGAAGGAUUUCAAGAUUUAAUAUGCACAAGCGGUAACACUGCAAAAGCAGCCCAAACCAGAAAAGACGGCUGGCAAAAAGUGGCAGACAAAUUAAACGCGUGUGCAUUGUACUUACUGAAAGCAGCGUUAUCCAUCCAUCCUCUUCCGCUUAUCCGAGGAGGGACUAUCUAUCUAUCUAUCUAUCUAUCUAUGUCUCCCGGCUGGCCUGGGAACGCCUUGGGAUUCUCCCGGAAGCAGCGUUAUGGAUUUUGCAAAUGUUCAUUUUUUUCCCUCUGCUUAAAAAACAUUAAAAAAGCGGCGUGAUUAUGCGGCGUAUACUAUGCCGUGGGUUGGUAUGCAGCGUGUAAAACAGUUUGUUUGUCGCGGAUAAUUUGCCUUUUAUUUUUACUCAAAGACAAUUUCCUGUUAGAUUGGCCUUUGCGAUGACAAUUAAUAUGGCACAGGGCCAAACUUUCAAAAAGAUAUGCAUGUAUCUGCCAAAACCAGUUUUCAGUCACGGACAGUUGUAUGUUGCUCUCUCCAGAGUUCCAUCUUUUCAUCCACUUACUGUUGUAUCCUCAAAACCAACACUUUUGGACAAAUGUGUCUUUCCGGAACUGUUCAGCCAUCAAUAAAUGAUUAUGCGGUGUAUGCCUGCAGGAACACGUACGAGCGAGCGAGCGAGCAAGCGACACACACACACACACACAGGUGCACGAGAGAGAGCGAGCGCUGGACGCAUAAGAAUAAUAAUACUUUAUUACAUUGAUAUACCGGUGUUUUCAGUAUUCAAAGCACUAUCCACACAGGGAGGAACCAGGAAGCGAACCCAAAAUCUUCCACAGUCUCCUUACUGCAAAGCAGCAACACUACCGCUGCACUACAAAGCAGUUAAAGAAUGCACUGGGCUCGAUUUGCAUUGCAAUGUUACUUUUCUUGGUGCCUUAUUACAUUACGGAUGGUUCACAUGUUCAUUUUUUUCCCUGUGCUUAAAAGACAUUAAAAAAGUGUUUCGCAACGGUGACUCCGGAACAACUCAGUACACAAGCUAUAUUAAGCGUCAACAACGAAGACUCGCUACACCUUAAUGAACAAGUGCUGAAACUUAUCCCUACCGACGAAGUAACUUUCACCAGCGUGGCCUCUAUCGUCACAGACGAUCUCGCUUUCAGUCACGGACAAUUGUAUGUUGCUCUCUCCAGAGGUCCAUCUUUUCAUUCACUCACAGUGCUAUCCACAAACCCACCCCCAUUUGGACAACUGUGUCGUUCAGGAAGUGUUCACCCAUCAAUACAUAAUUAUGCGGCGUAUGCUACGCCGCGCGUUGGCUAGUAUUAUAUAUUUCAAUUACUGGAGAUUAAACUCUGUAGCACUCAGUUAUUUUCAAGGAUACAAAAAAACAUAAAAUGAAGCAAUGGAGCAAUUUAUAAUUUUGUAAUUUGUUUAUUCUCACGACUUUUGGUUUGACCAUACCAUUCCAUUAACUUCUUAUAUUAAUGUACGAGAAACACUGCUAAUAACAAUAAUAAAUAAUAAAAGUCUUUAGAGUUUCGUGCUGCAUAGUAAAUCUCAUCACAAUUCAAAUUUCCUGAGGAAGCCAAAAAUAUUUCCAGGGAUCCAUUUAAAACAUCCUGUGCUGCGCAAAGCCUCAAGAGGUGUUAACGUUUACCCAAGUGACAGGAACAAUUCAAGACCACUAGCAAAUGGGACUGUCCUAAUGAAUAAGGAUGCCUGUCAGUGCUAGAGACAAUCACUUCAGAGUCGGCAGACAACACCAUUAAACAUCAGUAUGACAGACCCAAGUACCCUUUCACUGUGUGAAUCAUUCAGACAUCUGACAACAGUAUGGCAGAAUUUUUUUGGCCAAAACAGAUACAAACAAUUAAGAAAGGUACCUGCUUCCUUUUAAAAUAACACAUGGAUGAAUGUAAAAAGCUAUACUUUCUGAAACAACAAAGGCUGUUAUGUUACAAAUAAAAAGUAAAUUAAAAGAGA